GACAGAAAACAAAGACGGCAAAAAAAGGCUUCAGUCAACAAUGGAUUUGGGGAUGUUGGACAUCCCUGCCGAGUUGUCGGCGAGGUUUCGUAGGGCAACAGGGCAUCGACACCCGGAAAUAGUGACAGAGGUUGCAACGCCUCAAGUAAAAGCAACACACAACCUCACUUUGCCUCAGGAUGUUGACAGACACCCAUUCUCUCACUACGCCAAGUCCAAACUAAAGGCUACAUGGUGCCAACCUCAGGGAACUCCCCUCCAAAGAGCCUUGACACCCCUUGAACCAGAAGAUGCCUGCACUGCGGUGGAAAUUUAUAAACUGAUUAUGCGAUUCACAGGUGAGUCAGAACUCAGUGAAUCACAGGAGCAGUUGUUGGGAAACUACAUCAUUGAGAAAGGACAGAGCCAACCUGCCUUGAGGGACGAGAUCCUGGUCCAGUUGAUCUACCACACAUGGGGCCUGAGUGAAGAACAGCAUAACCUGCAAAGCUGGCUCCUGCUCACUUGCUGCCUCUGUGCCUUUUCUCCAUCACCAGAAUUGGAAAAACCCCUGCUAAAAUAUGUCUCUGACCACGCACCCAUGGAGUACCGUUCACUGUGCCAACAAAAGCUGCUGAUAUCUAUGCAACUUCCAGGCCCCACAUCUCGUAUUUAUCCCCCAACUCAGCUGGAAUGGAUCACCAACAAAAGAAAAGGCACAAUGCUUGUAGAUGUGUAUGCAUUCAACGAAGAAAAGCUCACAAUUGAAGUGGAGUCCUGGACCACAGGAGAAAAGUUGGCCUCAUGGCUUCUGCAUGCCAGAGGUGUGACAGAGGCAACAGAGGGAUGGUCUGUGUCUCUUCUGGCUGACGAUGUGUGGUCUGAUUUGGCUGGAUCAGACUUUGUCAUGGAUCUGCUGGCUGGCGCUGAGGCAGAAGUACUGCAACCAGGCUCAUCGACCAAUUCUGUUUACCUCUUCGGUGGCCAGGAUGUCCGGACCCCAAUUACAGAUCUUGAUGACUUUAUUCCGCCAGCACCUGUCAUUGAAGCUCCAGGAGUUUCUCAUCUCUAUCCUCAGGGAGGCCAGCGUCAACAUAUGGAUCAAUAUGUUGAUGACUUGUAUGACCUGGACCAAGGACAAUCGGAUGAGGAAAGAGUAGCUGUGCUCAACCGCAGAAUGAGAGGUGGAGGAGGCAUUGGACCCAUGCACCCUGGUUUAUACAGCUCUGGUAUGCCAACCUUAAUGUCAGGUUAUCCAAUGGGAAUGCCAGCGAGCCCUUCAUUGCCAAACUACGGUACAAUGCCCAUGAUCCCAAAUAUGCCACCCAUGCACACUAUGCCAGGCAUGAUGAUGCCCGGGUCUCAUGUUCCCUCAGUCCCUGACCCCAUGCAGUUGGCAGCCACACAGCAAGCCCUCAUCAACCAACAGGCUCUGGUUAUGGCUCAGCAGAUGACUAUGCAGGCAAUGACUCUGUCCCGGCAGCAGACACAAGAGCAGCAAAGGUUGAGGGAGCAGGAGAGGAAGCAGGAAAAUCAGCAGAGACAUGCACUCAUACCUUCCACCCAGCAAUCUCAACCUGCGGGCCAAACUAAACCACUUUUGCCGAAGCCACAGGAAGUGGAUUCACAUAAUCGAGAUAACCUGCAGUCUUUUAGAGAUAAAAGGCAAUACUUCGACAAUAUUAGUCAGUCCAAUCUUCAGACUUCUCCUUCUACCCCAUACAAACAGCAGCACCCUGGGCCAUCAGUACAUCCGUCUCCUUCUUCUUCUACCCCAUACAAACAGCAGCACCCUGGGACAUCAGUACAUCCAUCUCCUUCUUCUUCUACCCCAUACAAACAGCAGCACCCUGGGCCAUCAGUACGUCCGUCCCCUCCUCCGGUAGCCCCUAAACCAAAGGGUGCUAUAGUAAAGGAGUUCCCUUCUCCUAAGAGCAAAACAGAAAGUCCAACCACAGCUCCCAUCUCUGAACCAACCUCCAACAUUCGGGAAAUCAUCAAAAAAUUCAAUAGUCGACCUCCAGUAGAACCCCAAAACUUUGAACCUGUUAGAGCACCCGCAAGGCAAUUUGUGAAGAAGUUAGAUCCCAAAGAAGAGGCUCUUGCCAAACUCCGAAAAAAAGCACCAGUGCCUCAACAAAAGAAACAGUGGGUGAUGUCUCCACCCAUGGAAAAGCAAUCUCCCCCACGCAUUCCAUCCCCACAGUCAUCUACCACGACAACUCGUGUCAUCUCCAAUAACAUGAGGCAGAAGCAGCGCUCCCUGGAAGAUUUGUUUAGCUCACAGCGCUAUGAGCAAAUUACACCGCCUACACCUGAUUCUCCUUCACCUUCACCUUCACCUGAACUUGACAUCAUCCCUGACCCACCAACCAUGCAUGCACCAUCUCUGAGUACGAUGCCAGAUGAGGAGAACUGUCACUCUCAACUUUGUCAUCAUUUCCCUGAUGUUUACUUAUCUUACAACAAAAGGCCUGGAAAACUCUUCCUGCGCAAAGAGGUGUUUUACCCUAAAGACAUGUUCAACCAACCCUUCAUCCUCAAUCUUUUAUAUGAGCAGAUCACGAUGGACACCUACUCUGAUAAUUGUGUGAGAAUAAACAGAGAAGAAAGAAGGAAGAUGAAAGAUCUGCUCGCUAAUCUUAACGUGGGUACGAUGAGCAACAUUCUGGAUGACGCCAUGAAGAAAAAGAUUGUCAUUGCUGCUCGAGACAAUUGGGAAAACUACUUUUCACGCCUAUUCCCUGUUAAGACAAACAACAGUGACGCUCAAAUUCUGGGUGUAUGUCAUCGUGGAAUUCGUCUCCUGAAGAUGGUUGCAGCAUCAGGAAUCAAUCCAAAGCAUCUCUGCCUACUUCGAAACUACAGCUUUGCAGAGUUGCUGUCGGUUGAACUCCGUGGCACAAACCAAGUGCAACUGGAGCUGACAAAUGAAAACAUACAGUUGCACUCUUCCAGAGCUCCUCAAAUAAUUGACAUGGUUCAAUUCUUUCUCAAAGAGAUUGUGAAGAAUUCUGGCCACGUGGUUGCCCUAAAGAGCUUUGUAACAGAUGACAAGAGCUUGCUUAGCUUCAGCAAAGGUGAUGUUAUCAAAUUACUACCAAUGGAGGGACUCCAAGCAGGUUGGCGUUUUGGCUCAAUGGGAGGACGCUCUGGUCUUUUCCCAGAUGAUCUAACCCAGCCAUCUGCUGCAUUGGACUACCAUUCCAUCCAAUUGGAUCAAAGAGAUGAUCGGCGGAAAAGCAUGAGAGGGCCAAAAGCUUCCAGUCAACAGAAAGAAACUCUGGUUGCAAUUGACAAGCAAAUUGACACUCAGUGGACUACCGAAGAUGUCUCGUCCCAAAGAACAGCACAAACAUUCAUCCAGGAGGAAUCUCAAGAGUUACAAAGGCUUGAUCUUGAGUGGCAGAGAGAUGACUCAUCCCAGAGGUCACUAGAGAAGCCCAUCCAGGAAUUACCUCAAGACAGAGGGAUCCAGAUGUCAGCCAUGGCCGAGUUUGCCAUGAAAUUCUUUAGAACGGAAAACAAAGGCUGGGAAUCAAGAGGCAGGACUUUAGAGGCUUCCGAGGCAGUUCAAUUCACAAAGGUGCCCAUUCAAGAGUCUCUAAUUCUCUUCAAUGACCUUGAGAGCAGUGAUUUAUCAGUCCAGUGCUUUAGCAAUGUGAUGCAGCUCAUGGGUGAUACAGACAUGAAAAAGCAUACCACCCAAACAGAUUGUCUAAGUCACAUCUUGCUGCUAGGGAAGGAAAGAGAACUGCUGAGAGAUGAAAUCUACUGUCAGGUUAUCAAGCAAACCUCCAACAACCAGAAUGAAUCCAGCUGCACUCUUGGCUGGCGUCUACUCAACCUGAUUGCUGGGUUCUUCCCUUGUUCUGGUAAUCUAACACCCUAUAUUACACGCCAUCUGGAUGACAUCGCUAUGGAUCCUGAUCAUCAUUACCGAGAGCUGGCAUCUGUGUGUAAGGAUAACCUUCAGCGAUCUCUUAAAUUUGGUGGUCGCCGUAACAUCCCUUCACAAAUUGAGGUGGAGGCCAACCUGGCUGGCAAAUCCUCACAGCUCAUUUCUGUUCAGCUGCCGGGACAGGUGGAAUUCCCUAUCAAGAUACAUAACUUCAGUAUGGCAGCAGAUGUGGUAAAUGAAUUCUGCCAAGAAAUGAGUAUCUCUAAUAUCUCAGAAAUGAAAGAAUUCUCCAUUUCCGCCAACCGCCAGCAAGAUGGAAUGGUGCGCCCUCUUCAUCCCAGUGAGUACGUGAUGGACUUUUUAUUCGAUGAUAGCUCCAUCUUCUUGACGUUGAGGAGGGUUAUGUGGCGAAUCCCUUUGUGCUUCAACAAUGAUUUAUAUGUGGACUUUCACUAUCAACAGCUAAAGGGUGACUACUUGAAUGGACUUCUCCAGCUCACUCCUGAUGGGUCAUCAUCAAUCCAGCUGAUUGCAGAGCUCUCAGUCCUGCAGCACCUUUCCCAGGGACAAAAAAUACAGCUUUCACCGUUGGAAAUACAGAAAUACUUGCCUGUUCAAGAGGGGCAGAACACAAGUAUGGACGAGAUCCACUCUUUUUGUUCAACCAAAAUGGAAGCCAUGAAGGAUCUCAGCCCACUCAAUGCCAAAAUACAAUUUAUUGUGCUUCUGACUGGCCAACAUCUGUUUGGCUCCAAUAAUUACUUGGCACAAAAAGUCAGCCAGCGUGUAUGCCCUUCCCCUUGCAUGAUCAGUGUCAACCAUGAUGGAGUGCUAUUUCUUCAUCCAAAAAAACAGGAAAAAGUGUUUCUAAUUCCUCUCACAGAUGUUCAGUCCAUGCGCACUGUACGACCCAAAUCUGCAGGAAAACUACCAUCGAUAGAGAUCACAUAUGGCAGACCGAGUCAAAAAAUAACUAUUCAUCUCAAACAGGCCAAAGAGCUGUGUCACACCCUCGCUAUAAUAAUGGAAGAGUUAAUCUAUCCCUCGGUCAACGGCUCCAUCUGAAAUCUUCAAGAGUAGACACACUGUACUUUCUUUAAGCAAAUGAAAUUGUUCCUCUUUUCAAUACCUUUAUCUUAAAGUUAACAGAUUGACUUACAGUAUACUGUAAAUGUUCCAGUUUUGCAUGAAAAUUCUGACGUCAGAGUUGAACAAAUCAUCUUUUUUUAAAAAUUAACAAUUGUGUAAGAUAGGUAAAUAAGAGUGAUUAAAGUUAAUUUUGAGUAAAUAUGCCAAAUGUAUCACAGAAGUCCAGGGAAUGACAAAACCUUGAAAUUCUUUUUAUAAUUCCCUGUACACCAUUUUAGACUGAUGCUGUUCGACCCUGGCCAAAAACGAUGCAUGGAUUGAACGCUGUUCAUGCAACAAAUUACAAUUUAAGGUGUGUGUGUGCGUGCGUGCGUGCGUGCGUGCGUGCGUGUGUGUGUGUGUGCGUGUGUGUGUGUGUGUGUGUGUGUG